CAUUCUUCAAGCGAUUUCCGACGUGCCGUAAAACGCUUCGACCCGGGCCCCAGUGGUGAGUGGAGCGAAAUCCGAAUGUUCAACAAAAAGCCCAGGAGGAACUUUCGGCAGAGAAAGGAGAGUUCCAGCGACGACGACGAGGAGCAGCAGCAGAAGAACGGCGGAGAUGGAGGGGAGACCGAGAAACCCCCGGCGGCCGGACACAAACAGUCCAAAGUGGCCCAGGCCCGCGGCAUCUCGUGCAGCUCCAAGCAGGAAUUGACGCCUCCGAAGCCGGACAGCGAGGACGGAGAGGACGAGGAGACGGCUGAAAGAGACACCGAUGUGGGACAGAAGAAGACGAGCACUGUCCUCAGCUUCUCUGACGACAAAGAAGCUGGAGAACCAACAUUUAAGCUGAAGAAGUCCUCUGAUAAAGCUGUGCUGUUCCAAGUCAGGAAGAAGGAGGCUUCUUCUGCCAAGACCACCCACAGCACAGCACACGCUGGUGUAGGUGUUCCACCAUCCAGUUCUCUGAGGCAAGAUUCUGACAGUCAGCCUUCACCACAGCGUCUGAACCGUAGUGAUGACAGUGAUGAGGAUGGUGAUGAUGAUGCUGUUGGUGAUGAUGAUGAUGAUGAUGAUGAUGAUGAUGGUGGUGGUGGUGGUGGUGGUGAUGAUGAUGAUGAUGAUGAUGAUGAUGAUCGAAACGACGAUAGCAGCAAAUAUGACAAUGACAGUGAUGAAGGUGGUGCCAGGUCUCCCUCAGCUAGCUCAGCCUCAGACUCUAGCCGCUCUUCUGUCAAACCAGUAAUUAUCCCUAACGCUGAAGCGAUCCGGGCAGCUAAGAGGCAGCGUCAUGCCUUUCGAGCUCGGAAAGAGUUCAUUCCCCUGGGUAGAGAUGGCCAUAGCUCUGCUGGGAGCACCCCAGAUCACUACAGCAGGGAUGAUGACGAGGACAGAGUCGAUGAUAUCGAUGAUGAUGAGCCAGAUGAUCACGAGAGAAGGAUCGAGUUUGCCCCACGAUUGAAGAGCAUCAGAGAGAGGAUUGCUGAGAAGCUUGGAGGGAGUGAUGGCAGUCGGUCAGGGACUGAUGGGGAAGAGCAGGAGCUUUGGGAGGAGACACAAAUUGGGAAGGGAGUCAAGAGACAUCCAGGAGAACAGAGCCCAUCUGGCAGUGAAUCCAGCAGAUCCAGCAGCAGCAGGCGAGGCAAAGUAAGACAUAAGAAGAGACCAGCAGGGGUCAGAAUCCCAAAGACCCUUCCUCCCAUCAGUAUUUCAUUGGUCAAGAGGAGGAUCACUGGAAAAUUGGACUCCCUGAAGGAGGUGCACAGAGCGCGGCAGGCAGAGCUGAGGAGGAUGGAGGGGGAUGUUGAGAGCGCUAAAACCUCAGUGGAGACACUGAGUGAAAGUUCCUCUGAGAGCCAGCUGAAGUUUUACAGGACUAUGACCCUCUAUGUCCACAACCUGUUGGAGUGUCUACGGGAAAAGCUUAUGGAGAUCAACUCUUUGGAACUGGAGCUUCACACUCUGCUGUCGGACCAGAUGGAGGCACUGAUGACUCGGAGAAGACAGGAGAUCAAGGAGCAGGCUGACCGUCUGCAACAGCUCAGCUAUGGCACAGAUGAGCUGAAUGGAGGCUCAGCCAAUGCAACAGAAACUCAAGAUGUGGCAAGUUCUGCUGCUAAAGCUGAGGAUGACUCUGAUAUUCCUGAAGACCCACAACCUUCAGCAGAAGAGGAAGAGCAGCUCCAGAAGAAGAUGGCUGAUAUCAUGUUGAGGUCCCAGGCAUUGUUUUCUGACGUUCAGGACGACUUCUGUGACGUUAAAAAGAUUCUGUCCCGCUUUGAAGAAUGGAGAGGAUCUUUCUCUGAAACUUACCACAGUGCCUACAUCUCUCUGUGCCUGCCAAAGUUGUUGAACCCGAUCAUUAGACAUCAGAUACUGACAUGGAACCCACUAAAGGAUGCCAGUGGGGACUUUGAAAACCUCCCAUGGUUCACAGCAGUGGAGACUUUUUGUCAUGGACACGGCCAUGAGGAGCUUGAGCACACAGACAGACAGACAUUGUCUAACACCAUCGAAAAGACUGUCCUACCCAAAAUAACUGCCUUUGUGGAGCUGGUGUGGGAUCCCAUGUCCCGCCAACAGACUGUCUGUCUCACUGAUGUGUGUCACCGACUGAAGGAGGACUACUCCAUCUUUGAAGGAGAGCAGAGUAAACCAGUCAAGGUGUUCAUUGAGUCUGUGAUUCGGAGACUGAGGAGCUGUGUAGAUGAAGAUGUCUUCAUCCCUCUCUACCCCAAAAAGUUCCUAGAAGACAAGUUGUCUCCCCAGAGUCGCUUCAGGGAACAACAGUUCUGGGCAGCCAUUAAACUACUAGGUAACCUGGGGAAAUGGGAUUUGCUGCUAUCUGAGACUUUACUGAAGGAACUGAUGUUGGACAAACUGCUGAACCGAUACUUGAUGAUCACUCUGUGCAAUCGGACUCAACCCAACAAUACUGACCUCACAUGCAAAAAGAUAGCAGAUAGUCUCCCACUCUCUUGGUUCAAAGGGAUGAACACUUGUUUGCCGCAGCUCAAGAAUUUUGAGAGCCACCUGGUUCAGACAGUUCAUACUAUCUGCAAACAACAGUCUCCUGAAGAUCCAAACACGAGAUUUAUGCUGUUUGCUGCAGGUCCGCGGUGGUUGAAUUGCUGCGGGUUCUGAGUGGAAUCAGGUGCAAUGACUCCAUCAUGGCCAUAGCAGAAAAAUACCACUAUGAAGAAGUCAUCUACUCUCACCAGCUGCUGAACCAAGACGGAGUGUGAACAACUGAUGUUGUUAAUUGUGGUGGAGGAUAAUAUGACAACAAAUGUUUAAUCAAGGAUUAAAUUCCCCUUUUCACCAUUUUUACUCAUGAACAUUUUGCUAACUGUAUUUUUAUGAAUAAAUAUUUGAAUUUUGUUAA